CAAGGCUCCAAUAUCCGUAUCGUAUAGAAAACUCCUAUUAAAAAACAAACUUAUAAAUACACACACAAGCAGGAUUACUUAAAAAAAUACUAGUAUUACCAAUAUUACUAAAAGUUUUAAAAAUAUAAUGUGUACGCCUGACAAAACAAAGAAUGUAUAACACAUACAGCACACGUCCAGAAAGGCAAACCACAGUUUAGACGUUCCUUCCCCAGCACAAUUAGUCAAACAAGAAAAAUCAAGCCGUUCCCUCUCCACCUGAUCAAAACCCCAUUAAUCUGCAGCCGUCCAAUAACCGGCCCGGCUCUCCCAGCCAAUUGCGAGACCCGCUGGCCGUGACCAAUCGCGGGUUACAUGGUGAUCCCGAUCAAGGUGCUGACGUCUGGUGUGUGACAUGUGAGCGGAGCAUCAGUGUCACAUGUGGCCCUCUUGUCCCAUGGCCGCCAGCCUAUGGAGCCCGCAUCCCAGCACAACACCUGAAGGGUGCUGCACCCCAAACACCCUGACUGGACCUAUCUGAGACCUCAUACUUCCCAUGGAUCCAAACAUCCAAGGUUCUUUCCUCUUCAACAACCAGUUUUCCACCGAGUUGAAGGCACCGGUGUGUCAGUACUCGGUGCCGAACUCCUUCUACAAGUUGCCCGCAGGGACCCCACAUGGCAUCAGUGAUAUCCUGAGCCGCUCCAUGAUGGGGAUGGGGGCCCCGGGCACCACCACCGCCGCCGCCACCACUCUGCUCUCCGGUUACUCCGCCGUGGGGGGGUUCGGCCCUCCGGUCUCCAGCACGUCUUUGUACUACAACCGAGACUACAGCUCCACGCUUAACGGGUUCGCCAAGUCGGGCGCCGAGUGUCCCAUGAAGGGGCGCAGUGUCAGCUGCUGGGCCGAGAGUGGCUGCGACUGGAGAGGAGGCAAGCAGCAGUGCGCCAACAGUGGUCAGCUGGGGGACAUGUCAGGUGGCAAGAAACACACCAGACCGACCUUCAGUGGACAUCAGAUCUUUGCUCUGGAGAAGACCUUUGAGCAGACUAAGUACUUGGCCGGGCCUGAACGAGCAAGGCUGGCGUAUUCUUUGGGCAUGACUGAGUCUCAAGUCAAGGUUUGGUUCCAAAACCGGCGCACCAAGUGGAGGAAGAAGAGCGCCUCUGAGCCGAGUUCCAGCCAGACCCAGGCGGGGCCGGGUGGCGAGGCCUCGGACAACGAGGUGGAGGACGAAGAGUACAACAAGCCUCUGGACCCGGACUCGGAUGACGACAAGAUUCGGUUGCUGCUGCGUAAACAUCGCCGAGCCUUCUCGGUCCUGCGCCUCGGCUCUCAUCAUAUGUGACGCCUACUUUUUAGCUGACCUGCAUGCGCGUCGGGAAUGAACGCACGCACGCUCGUGCAGGAAGUUACCUGCAAGAUGACCACACCGCCACAAAAACUGCAACAGUAAAUAUGUUGACUAUAUUAUUAGCAAGGGGUUUCCAUAUGUGAAGGAAUAUGU